AUGCCUCGCAUCAACAUCCCCCCUUUAACCCGCCUCUUCCUCGCCGUGCUCACCCUCCUCACCAUCCUCAACGCCAUCGCCCGCCCCCUCUACACCCUCGAACGUACAGGCUUCUCUACCAACACCCCCGGAGGCGCCCCGUAUCUCUGCAUUGUGCCCGGCGUGUCGAUCGUGUAUCCCUGGACGGCUGCGACGUCCGCGUUGGUGGAGCAGAACCUCUUCGGGCUGCUGAUCGCGGGAAUGAUGUUGUUCUUCGGCGGGCGGUAUUUGGAGCGGGCGUGGGGCGGGAAGGAGUUCGUAAAGUUUAUGUUGUUUGCGGGCAUGUUGCCGAAUAUUGGGGUGUGGAUAGGGAGCGUCGUCUGGUAUAUGUUGACGAAAGACGUCGAUGCUCUAACCACCACCAUCUCCGGCACCGCCGCCCUCCAAGCCGCCUUCCUCGUUGCCUUCAAACAACUCGUCCCCGAACACACCGUCUCCCUCUUCCGCUCCCUCCUCCGCAUUCGUGUCAAACACUUCCCGGCCCUCUACCUCCUCCUCUCCCUCCUCUCCUCCCUCGUCUUCCUCCACCUCUCCACCUUCUUUCUCUCCCUCCUCGGCUUCCUCGUUGCCUGGACCUACCUCCGCUUCUUCCGCCUCUCUCCCUCCCUCGCCGCCACCGCUACCGGCGACCUCUCCACCAUCAAGGGCGAUCCCUCCGACACCUUCAGCUUCGCCAGCUUCUUCCCGGACGCCGUGCAGCCGCCCAUCGCCGCCGUCGCGGACCCACUGUACGAGCUCCUCGUCUCCGUACGGGUCUGCGCGCCAUUUAGCGCCGAGGAUAUCGAGAUGGGGAACGAGCAGGCGCAGGCGCGCGCGGACGGCGGGUUGCCAGGUUUGAUGAAUCCGAAUGGGGUGGGUCGCGCGGGGAUGGGGGCGCGUAGGGAAGAGGCGGAGAGGAGGAGGGCGUUGGCGCUGAAGGCGUUGGAUCAACGGUUGAAUGCGGCGGUGGCGGGGCAGGCGGCGGGAGUGGGUGGAGGAGCGGGGAGGGUGCCGCAGAAUGUGACGCCGGUGGUGAGUGAGAGUGUGGGUGGAGGGGCGGCGGUUGCGGAGAAGGUUGCGGCGGCGGAGAGUUGA